AUGUCCUCAAAAAAAACCAAAGGUUCAAAGUCGUCGAAAACGAGAUCGUUAAAAUCGAAAAAUGCAAAACCUUCCAACUCUGCCAAAAAUAAAGAUAACAUCAAGAUUUUGCCAAUUGUUAAUAAAGUCGAUGAAGACGAUAUUGAAGUUUCAGAUGAAGACAUUGAUUUCUUUAAGGAGCACGCCCAAUACACCGGGUUUCUUAGAACUAUUGAUCCAGUAGCUUUACACAGGUCAAAGGAAAUAAAUAAAGAACAGCCAGCAAAAUAUUCUAAACGUCUCGAAGAAAUCGGAGAAUCUCAUUCCUCCUCAAAUGAAGAUGACGAAAGUGAAGACGAUCUCGAAUCAGAGGAUGAAAAUCAGAUCGUGAACUCUGAUACUGAACAAGAAUAUGAAAAGAUGCCACGUGUAAAUAAAGAAUGGAUACCAAGGGAACCAGUGAAGCUUCCGAUUAAACUACCGGAUGGAAAGCUCCAACAUCAAGAAACUGUAGUAGGAACGGGAGUCGAUUCGAAAAACGAGGACAAUGAAAGCUCAACAUCGGAUCCUGUUUUUGAGAAUGAAAUGGAGAUUAAAAAACCUUCAGAGGAGGAUGGAAAAUCUUUGCCUGAUCAAAAAAUACCGGACAAACUAUACUUCAUACAAAAAAAAGAGGAAUUGGCAGAAAUUGCUCAAAAGAUUAUUGAAGAUCCUGAAAAAAAUGUUGGACAACUUAAAACUUUGCGAGAGAUUGCGACUGACCAAGACACUAAGAUUAGGAGACUAGCGUUGUUGGUUCAGCUAGUGGUAUAUAAAGAUAUCAUACCUGGUUAUCGAGUCCGAAAUUUGACGGAUAAAGAAAAGGCAGCACAUGUGUCCAAAGAUGUCAAAAAAAUUCGUCAAUUCGAAGAAAGCCUUGUCGCUAAUUAUCAAGCAUAUUUAAAAUCUCUUGAGACUGAAUUAAGAGAACAAUCUUGUGCGGAAGUCGCAUUACAAUGCUUGUGUGACCUUUUGACAUCAGUUACGCACUUUAAUUUUCGAUCAAACCUGAUGACCAUUAUCGUACAGAGGAUGAGUGCACCUGAGCUAAAUAAGAUGUCCGUGAUGUGCUGUAAUGCCAUCAUCCGGGUGUUUAGAGAGGACGAGUCUGGCGAGGCAAGCUUAGAUGCAGUUAAAUUGUUAACAAAGAUGAUCAAAUCAAGACAAUAUGUCGUACACGAGGAGGUUUUGAAUACCUUUCUACAUCUUCGAUUGAGAGAUGAAUUAAAUGUCAAUUCUUUACGUGAUGAUGAUAAGUCUAAAAUCAACGGAAAAAAGAGGAAAUUAAAUAAGCAUGAACCGAAAAAACACUUGUCAAGAAAAAUGAGAAAACUAGAAAAAGAAAGAAAAGAGAUAGAAAAGGAGGUGAGAGAGGCUGAGGCUGUCGUAGAUAAAGAUGAAAAGGAAAAGCUCCAUACAGAAACAUUGAAGCUUGUUUUUAUUACCUAUUUCCGAAUACUGAAACAUGCGGAUUCAUCACCUUUAUUGUCAUCCGUCCUGGAAGGAUUGGCCAAAUUUGCACACCUUAUCAAUGUGGAUUUUUUUAGCGAUUUGUUAGAAGUACUCAAGAAGAUAAUGGGACGAGAAACAAACACUCGAAGAGGUUUAUUAUGUAUAAUAACAGCAUUUCAAUUAUUGUCGGGCCAAGGAGAGGCGCUUAAUAUUGACUUGCAAGAUUUUUACACGCAAUUAUAUAAAAUAUUGAUUCCACUUGCCCUGGACGCAAACAACGAUGAAAUAAAACAAAGGACGAAAAAAGGAAAUGAGGGAGAAUAUAGUAAUGCACACAGUAUAGCGACUGAUUAUCAAUUAUUGAUGAAGGGUUUUGAUUUCAUGUUUUUCAGGCGAAGGACGAUACCAAUAGAUCGAUCCGCGGCAUUUCUCAAAAGAUUGUUAAUAUCGUGUUUAAAUUGGCCAGGAAAAACUGUAUUGUCAUGUUUAGAAAAAAUGGAAAAGAUGAUUCAGCAACAUCCAAAAUUAGAUGCGUUGCUCACAUCGGACGAUAUGGCAUGUGGCGGUGUCUAUCGGCCGGAGUUAGAUGAUCCCGAAUUAUGCAAUCCAUUUGCAACUAGUUUAUGGGAAUUAUGCUUAUUAGAGAAACAUUACAAUCCGAAAGUACGUGCUGCCGCGCAUGCUUUGUCGACAAUUGCAAAGAACAAUGGAUAA